AUGGCGGCCGGCAUGCAGCAGUCUUCGUCGGCCGAGAGGCUGGACUGGAUGUACGAGCAGAGCGCGGCAUCCGUCAAGCCUGAUGAAGACACCCUGAUGAAUAUGCCCAUCAACGCCCAGAAGGACAAGGACAUCGAGGAUGUGAAGAAUCUGCAGAACUCGACGGCCGGAUCGCUUUUCUUGGGCAGCGCGACCAAGACGACUGAGGACAUGGUCCGGAAGCUUCGUGAAGAUCCGCUGUUCCAGAUUCGGCGGCAAGAGCACGCUGCCCGAGAAAGCAUGAUGACGAACCCGCUCAUCAUGGCAAAGAUCCAAAAGAAGCAGGAGAAGGAAGCAAAGAAGGCCGCCAAGAAAGAAAAGAAGGCGGCAAAAAAGGAAGAGAAGGCCUUGAAGAAAGCGGCCAAAGCAGCCAAGAAGGCCAAGGACUCCAGCAGCGACUCCGAGCCGGAGCCUCCUCGAGCAGCUGCCCGAGAGGCGCCACCAAAACGGCCAAGGGAGGAAGAGCCAGACCUUUCUGCGCUGGGUCCGAGCAGCGUCGUGGUGAGCAAGCGAAUGGAGCAUGAGGAGCGCGUUGCCAAGCAAAAGGAGCAGGCCUUAGCCAGCCGUGGCUUGGGCAGGCGGCUCACUGAAGAGGAGAAAGAGCGCCGGGUGGAGCAGAUGCGGGUGGACGCCAAGAAGCACGAGAAGAUCAAAGAUCAACGUAUCGCCAGCACUGAAGAGCGUGAAAAGCAAAUCGAGGAAUUGGAGGCCAAGAUGCGCGACAAAUCCGAUCAGAAAUACUUCCGAGACUUGCGCAAGGACGCCUAUGCCGGCGAUGCAGAGAUGACGAUGGCUGAUCGGCUCCAGACCCAGCGUCACCGCCGGCAGAAGCACCUCAACGAUCCGCUAGAAAGGGAUUGA